AUGACAAACAAUACAAAAAUAGCAGUUUAUGUUGUAACAGAUUAUUGGCCAUUACCAGAUAAAGCACAAGAAGUUAAAAAAAUUCUAUUUUCUAUUGUACCAGAAGCAAAAAAAGAACGAACAUGUCUUAAAUUUGAAUUAUGUGAAAAUUUAAAUGAAAAUGCACAAUUAACAUUUCUUCAAGCUUGGUCUAAUGAACAAGCACUUGAACAACAUUUAAAAAGUGAAAUUAUUGAUAAAGCAACAGAAGAGCUUCGAAAUCUUCUUGCAAAACCAACAGAAAUUCGACGUUAUAAAAAUAUUGGUUAA